UACAGCCAGUCGUCCGUCGAAUUCCCCACUUGUCAGAGAGAGAAUGAGAGGGCUACUCGGGCUCGGGAGGCAGAGGCAGCCGCCGCCGCUGCCGCUCUUCCCGGCGGCGAAGAGGUCCCCCUCGCCGGCGACAGCCUCCGCCCUCCUCCUGCGCCGCUUCCUCCCCGCCAACCGCCUCCUCCGUCUGCUCCUCCUCCUCGCCGCCCUCUCCCUCGUCCCCCCGGCCUUCUUCCACUUCCGCCUCCGCCGCUACCACCGCAUGCGCGAGAGGAGGUGCGGGUGGAUCGCGAGCCCGCCGAUGGUGUGCGCGCACGGCGGCGACUCCACCAACGCCUUCCCCAACUCGAUGGACGCCUUCAGGCUGGCUCUAGACGCCCGCGUCGACUGCGUGGAGGUGGACGUGUCGAGGUCCUCCGACGGCGCCCUCUUUGCGCUGCACGACAGGGAUCUGCAAAGAAUGUCUGGUAAUUCUUCAGCAAAAGUUGGCCACUGGAGUUCGAAUGAGAUUAAAGCACUAAGUACAAGUUUUCAGCUAUCAAAAACAGUCCAGAACCAGGAAGUCCCUAAAGCACAAGAUGUUCUACCGUUGAUAUCGCAAUCCGUAAGGCAGGUUAUUCUGGAUAUCAAAGUUGGUCCACCUUCAUUUGAGAAAGAUUUAGCUGAAGAUGUACUAUCUAUCAUAAGUACAACACAAUGCAAAAAUUGUCUUAUCUGGGCAAAAAGUGACAACGUGGCAAGAGAUGUAAUCAAACUGUCCAAAGAUGUUACGGUUGGCUAUAUUGUUAUGGUUGAUAAGUCCACUAGUAGAACCACCGAAUUAGUAAGGAUAGAAGGGUCCAAAGUUGCUGGCGUAUAUCAUCGCUUGAUCCAUGAGAAGCUCAUGAAGGUCAUGCACAGAAAUGAUAAAAAAGUUUAUGCGUGGACUGUUGAUGAUGCUGACUCCAUGAAAAGGAUGUUGUACGAGCACGUUGAUGCCAUCGUGACAAGCAACCCUUCCCUCCUGCAACAGCUCAUGCAGGAGACAAGGAUAGAAUGCAUGGAAGAUGGUUUUGCCUUGCCAUAGUGCUGGCUAGUCCUAACUGACUGCAAUUUCAUGGUGAUAACUUUAGCCUGCCAUGAUAGGAACAGAAUAUGCAUGGAAGAAGGUCCUCUUGCCUCUCCACAGAGAUGACCAACGAUUGAGUUUAUUCCUAACGCAUUUUUUUGUACAAUCCGAUUGGCAUGCAAGUCUUUGAUGUUCUGUUGUGUUCUAUGCUUAGAUCAGAUAAAAACAACAGACGAUCGUAGCUCAACCUUUUUGUAAUCAGGUUCUGCUAGGUAAAGCACAGGCUCAUGCUAUAGCCACUCAUGCAUAUUUUUGAUUCACGGCCUUAAUUCCAAGGUACAAUUGAGACGAAAACUGCAAAUCUUUCAUGUUUCUUAUUUCAUGUUUCUUGAACAUUGUAUGUGAUCUUGGCCGUGGAACAUGCUUUACCCAUUUUUGUGGGGGAACGGAGUAGCUAUGCAUGUAUUAUUGGUGAUCAAAGGCUUGGCUUCGGCGGUUCGCCCUGACAGUGGCAGGAUAAAUGUUGUAAUUACAGAGCAAUGUUUUGAAGUUUCCGUGUAAAACGCCUGAUCACAA